AUGGUUGAACGCUUUGCAAUUAAAACCAGGGAAGAAUGGCGUGUCCAGGUGGACCAGCACGCUAUCAAGGUUGGACUUGAGCCUACAGAACUGGCACUUUACCGACGCGCAAGUCAGAUGGAGGGCCUACCAGAUGAAGUCGCGAGGCAAACUCUCUUCAGUAGUCCGUUUGAAGCAUUUCAGAAACGGCUCCGUGAUGAUGCUGGAAGGGAGUGCCGUAAACAGGGUUGUGGUGUAUUGGCGGCGCCAAUGGAAUCUGAAGACGCCUCCGGUCUUGAACGGGGCAAGAAACGCAAGCUACAUGAGGAAAAAUGUUCGGAGCGCGAGCAAGGGCCAGCGAGUGCACAUGAGGGGUCGGACGCGGCCAUCAUUGGUGGCGCAGCAGAUGAUGAGGGCGAACCGAUUAGCCCGUUGCGGCACCAAUCGUCGGCCUCUAUGGGGGAUGAUUGCGAAGGUGCUGACGAUGAGGUAGAGGAGACCGCAGCGGACAGGGAGAUGUUGGACGACCGGCCUGCACAGCAAGCCAACACACCAUCUGACCAUCGCCGUGCGGAUCAAGAGCGGGAGAUUCGAGCGAGCGAGAUGGAGACUGCAGCCUGCGCCAUGAUUGCGAAGGGCUACGUGGUGUUCACAGCGGACACAGUUUGGGACCCCAGUUCGAAAGGGGGAAGUGGAGGAAAUGCAUGA